UGUGAGUUCAGUCGUUGUUCGCCAGGUUGAAAAUCCGUUCGUUUCUCCUGCCGAUCUUCCUCCACAUGAGCAAAUUAAAUAACAUAAAUAACUACCGAUUUAUCGCACCAGGUGCAGUACACCUCUGGAAGAUCUCCAAAAAAUUCGGAGUUCCAGUCCUCGGAGUUCCAAUCGAUCGGGCGAAUAAUCUCAUUUUCACGGCCUGAGAUCAUCCGGAAAAUUCAAGAAAAUUUGAAAUUUAACCUGUGAAUCGCGCAGCUGAAGCAAUCGUUACCGGUUGAAUGAACGAGUGGGUGAAGUGACAGUGAGUUUUUUUUUUAAUUGAGUGAAACUUGGAGUGUUGCUAUUAUGACAUUGUGAGUUCUAAGUGAUGACGAUAGACCUCUGGAAUUAGCAGUGCAUCAAUGAUGGCGCGGUCGAGUGUCUUCUGGAUCCUGUGCAUCAUCUGCUCGAGUUCCAUCCCCAGAAAUGUCAUCGCCAAAGCUGGAUUAUGCGAGGAGUCGACAGGACAGGCCAACAUCAUCCUAGACAUCGAGGAGAGUCGAGGCAGUGCCUACGACCAACCAACCGUGCCAGAGGAGCUUCCGGUCUCGGGGAAUCCGUACAAUGAGACCACCCUGGAGUUAAUAUUCCCGGGAAAGGCACCCCUCUUCACCCUCGAUGGAAAAAAACUCCGUCUGCUGAAGCCAUUGGACAGAGACACCGAGAAUUUGUCUCACGUUGUGUUUCAGUUGGCUUGUACUGUUAAAUCAACGAGCAAGAAGAGAAUAAUUCCCGUCAUCGUCAGGGUGUCUGAUAUCAAUGAUAAUGCACCCAAAUUUGUCAACACACCGUAUGAAGUUACAGUACCUGAGCUGACACCAGUUGGCUCAACGAUAUUCCAGAAUGUCGUUGCAACUGAUGCUGACGCCGGUGUCAAUGAACUUGUCGAGUACUCGAUAGCACCCGGUGAUGGAAGUGGAAUCGGCAACAGCAAUGGAGUUGGAAGAGACAGAAUAACGACCGCCGAUGGUUAUGGUUACUUUAGCAUUAAUUUACCACACCAGGGACAAGUCACUGUCAACCGUACCCUGGAUUUCGAGAAAACCCAGAGAUAUCUCGUAACGAUUCUGGCAUCGGAUCGGGCGAGAAAUGUCUCAGAGAGAUUUACGUCCACUACAACGUUAACAGUGAACAUAAGGGACGAUGACGAUCAGGAUCCAUCGUUUAUCUACACCGGCUGCAUGCUGCUGGAUGGAGCGUGCAUCAACACCGAGUACUCUGCCUCGGUAUCCAGUGGUGUACUGUCUGGAAUACUCAACAUAUCACCUGAGAAAAUCCAAGCAAUCGACAUGGACAGCAUAAAUGCCCCAAUUCAAUACUCAUUUUUGAGUGGCAAGCCCGAGAAUUAUCGUGAUUUCUUCGAAAUAAAUCCAACAACUGGUGCUGUAAAGCAAAUAAAAGCUGUAGAUACAACUGUUACCAAGAAGUUUGAUAUCAUCAUCAAGGCUGUCGAAGUGUCGGAAGCAAAACGCUCAACCACGGCGAAACUCACGAUUACUGUUAAACCGGUAGACAGCAAUCCACCAGUUAUUACUGCAUCCGCAGUCGAGGGUUUCGUUGAUGAGAAUGCACCGAUCGGAACUAAAGUUAUUGACAAGACCGGACUGCCCAUCAAACUCACCGUUUCUGAUGCCGAUCUGGGACCUGAGGAUCCAAAACCCAGUUAUACAUUUGAAUUAACAACCCAUUUCUUCUCAAUCGAUCAAUCCGGAACUCUCGUUGUCAAUGAGGAGAAUCUCGAUCGCGAUCCACCGAGUCCUGGACGUUUUCGAUUUCAGGUUGUGGCCAGGGAGAAAACAGGUGCUGCAGCAUCGACUCCAUUGUCAUUCGUUGUGACGCUUAAUGAUGUCAAUGACAAUGCACCGCAGCUGCCAAUGAUACCACCGAUUACAAUUCAAGCCGGCGAAGAAGCCAGACGGGAAGUCAUUAAGGUCGAAGCAACUGACAACGAUGAGGGCGAAAAUUCAGCGAUAACGUACAGUAUUUAUCACGUGUCCAAUAAUGGACUCCAGAAAUUCAAAAUUGAUCCAAAAAGUGGUGUUAUCGAGUCUGUACGUAAGCUCAAUGCUGGGGAACAGUACAGCAUCACUGUUCAAGCCACUGACAAGGGUGGCAGGUAUUCACAGACUAUUGUUGAAGUUAAUGUCAUACCUGGACCAAACACGAGGAGUCCUGUCUUCCAGGAACCUGUUUACGAAGUGCAAGUCAGCGAAGGGGCUUCCAUCAAUUCCACAGUUGCAACCAUUACGGCCCUGGACCCCGAAAACGAUCCCGUCUCGUACUCUAUAGUUUCGGGCAAUGACUUGAGGCAGUUUGCGAUCGGUGACAAGUCAGGCGUUAUUACCGUUAUAAGGAAGUUGGACAGGGAAGACUUGACGCGCUAUCAGCUGCUGAUAAAGGCAGAGGACAGCGGUGGACUGUCCAGUACAGCGACAGUUAACAUCAGGGUCACGGAUAUUAAUGACAAGAAUCCCGAGUUUGUGGGAUUGCCUUAUGAAUUUCAAGUGAAAGAGGGUGAAGCGAGAAAACUCAUUGGACAUGUGCACGCUGAGGAUGCCGAUGAAGGUAUCAAUGCUGAGGUCACGUAUUUCGCACCCGAUGAUAUACCAUUCACUGUGGAUCCAGAGACUGGCGACGUUCUCACAAAAAUAGCCCUCGAUUACGAGCAGAAUCACGAAUAUAAAUUCGUUGUAACUGCUCGAGAUGGUGCACCAGAUCAUCGUUUAGCAACGGCAACAGUUACAGUGAAAGUUAUCGAUGUUGAGGACGAGGUACCAGUGUUUCAUCAGAGUAGUUAUGAGGCGCGGGUCAAGGAGAAUGUACCCGAUUACAUGGUCAUCCAAGUUGUUGCUGACGAUCCAGACACGAAGAAGCAGAUCACGUACGUGAUUAAGGAAGGAGACACUGACCUCUUCAGUAUAGAUCCAAAAACCGGGAUCAUCCGGACAAAUCGAGGAUUAGAUUACGAGAGAGACAGCCAGCACAUUCUCAUCGUCGGUACGCUGGAGAACACGAGUGAUCUGCCGGGUUCAACUACUCGAGUAGUCAUUAAUGUUCAGGAUGCCAAUGAUAUUCCACCGGUAUUCACAACAGUUUCACGUCCAAUCACCCUCGACGACGACGUUCCCAUUGGAACUACAGUGAUCAAUCUGAUGGCUCUUGACUCGGAUGGUACCGCUCCGGGUAAUCAGGUUCGAUACGAGAUAAUCGGUCGGGGAAUAGCCCAGAAGUACUUCGUAAUCGACCCAGAUACUGGGGCACUAACAGUCCGUGAUGAUUUGCGGAAAGAAAUGGACUCGGAAUAUCAGGUUGACGUCAGGGCGUACGACCUCGGUGAGCCUCAGCUUUCAUCGGUAACAACAGUGCCAAUUUAUGUACGUCAUGUGGCAACUGUGGCCCCAGAAGUUGGUUUGGGCUUUGCCGAGGACUCUUACAAUGUUGAUGUGCCUGAGGAUGCCCAGGACAAUACACUCAUAAAAAUAUUAACCGUUAUAAACAGUCAUACGCAUGACUCUACCCCUUUGACGUGUGAAAUUUACAGUGGUAAUGAGGAGGGAUUGUUCGAGGCAACAAUCAAUGAGGAGAGAAAUUGCGCACUGAAGCUCAAGAAGGGGAGACUCGAUCAUGAGACUACCGAGAGCUAUCAGAUCAAAAUUAAAUUGGAAUCGUCUUCUGGUCUAUUAAAUUCUCACAGGAAUACCACUAUGGUGAAAAUACAAGUGCUAGACGUAAACGACAAUAAACCGGAGUUUAUAUUUCCGGAUGAUCCCUUAAAUCUCCGCAAAAGCCGAUACUUCGCAUCAAUCCCGAGGGCCGCACAAUUUUCCUCGACAGUUUUGCAAGUGAAAGCUCAAGAUAAAGACAACGGAAAGUUUGGCAAAUUGGAGUAUAAGAUGCUGGAGGGUCGUGGCACUCAGUAUUUGAUGAUGGAUAGCUCCUCGGGCAUCAUAAAGACAGCUGCGACCCUGGAUAACGUUGGUGAAGAGGAACUUCCAUUCAAUUUUAAAGUACGAGUGCGAGAUCAUCCUAAUGGGACGAGAUUUCACAGUGCCGAGGCGAGAGUUGUCGUGAAUCUCAUUGAUGAGGAAGAUCUACUCGUUUUAGUUAUUCGGGACGCGUCGCCCGAUUCUGUGCAGAAGGACGCUUCCAAGAUUGUCAGGAUUUUAGAAGAGAAAUCGCGACUGAUUAUCGAUAUUGACAAAAUUGCUGUGAGAAAGACUGUUACGAAGAAUGGGACUGUCGAGAGCCAUCCGUUAGACUCGGACGUGUGGUUUUACGCUAUUGAUCCCAAGACUGAAACUAUUAUCGAUAGAAAUAGCUCACUAUUGCAAAGAAUGUUGGUGGACAAGGCAUUGGUAUCAUCGAUAUUUUUCGAUGUUUCCGCUGCUCUCGGUGCAAAUGCCAUUGAGAUACAUGCACCAGUAACAGCACCAGAUACCGUACGCACUCAGACAGCAGUUGCAUUUAGUGGUGAAGUAUUUCCGUACGCACUCAUUAUUAUUGCCUGCAUUAUUCUUGUACUGGGCAUCGCUGGAAUAAUCUAUAUCUGCGUAUCAUGGUCUAGGUACAAAGCGUACAAAGAUCGCAUGCAGCGUAUGUACGUAGUGCCUCGUUACGAUCCAGUAUUCGUAGAAACCGAUCUCAAAGAGUACGAGACUCAGGUACUCAGAAUGAGUGUACCAAACGAUGAUAACGAUAGUUACAACGAUCUGCAGAUUGAUUUUAGUAAUAAAAAUCACGCAUUCAGUCUGGACAAUGUCAGCUACAUCACCAAAGAUCACAGUGGCAGUACAGGUCAACAGAGUCCCGUGAGUUCUGAAGCAGCGACGACAGUUCGUGCCUCCAGCAUCACUGGAAAUCAUCCAGAUGCUGGUGUUCACUCGUUAAAACGUUCCACAAUGGGUCGAAAAAAUGUGGGCAAUACGAAUACAAUAAAUACCAUUGAUACACCUGUUCUAAAUCCACUGUUCAAUCACAACGAUUUGUUGUUGAAUCCGAGUCCAUCGAAUGACAACGUGACAUUCAGGGAACGAAAGGAUUACUCACAUCUCGGAUUUUCUUAUUUAACAGAUCAGAGUCCAGUGGAAACCACCACUGAAUUAUAAUUAUCCCCUCUUCAUUCUUGUGAUAUUAUUUAUCUGUAUUGCGAGGGUGAAGACCUUGUGUGAAUCAACACGUGUUCUCUUCAAAUUUUUAUGGAGAAAAUCAAUGAAAUCAAAUACUCGAUAGUUUUUCACUAUUCUCGAGUGCAUGAACACUUUGUGUGGGCUGACACACAAUUUUUAUGUGCCAAGUCAGCUGCCGUCCCAUAGGCUUAAGUGAUUAGUUUAUUAACGUGUGAAAAUAAUGCAUAAUUGAGGGAUGAUUACUUGUGUGAGUGAUAAUUGUACAUGGCUAUGUGUGGGGAAUGUGAUGAAGGUGAUUUGAUAGGACGAUAGGAUUUCCAACGAAAUGCUGGAAAUUCAAUAGUUCAUCUUCCUUCAUUACGUGUUUUUAUUGUGUAUCAUAUUUUUAUUAUUUAUAACAAUUCGAGGUUUGCUCAUGUUAAUGAUUUAUUCAGGUAAUUAGCCGUGAUGUACUUAAUUCAAAAUUUCAUCAUACGGUGGAGUUUUCAAGUAUCAGAUUGCCUUCAAGAUAAUUCAAAUUGUGUCAUUUACAAAGACUUUUCAUUGUGAGUAAAUUUACGUCGGUGUAACAAUUAUAAUUCUUUUCGGGUUAUUUUCAUUAUUACGAUUAAUUUAUUGUCAUGAGUAAUUAUUAUUGUUAUUAAUGUGUUGAACAAGCAAUCGCAGUCGAUGGAAGUGAAUUUUCGAUGAUUGCAUACGUCGCAAAAAAAUAUUCAAGGGAUUGCAGUAGAACGAUUCAACAAUAUCCCUCGGGGUUUGCGAGUACUGCCAAUUUUUUGUUAAAAACUACAGUUGUAAUUUCAGCUUUUUCACGCAUACAUCCGGGAAAGUCUCGCUCGCACUGAGUUUAAUGCGAUAAAUUCUAAUCCACCCCAGCCCCUCAGUCAUUUGAUUGGGUCUACAGUAUCUGAAUAAACUCGUGAUGCCUAUUUUGAUAUGAUAAUUAUAUUAUUACAGAGAGUAAUGGUUGAAUAAUGUGUAAGUGGAGAGAAAUGUGAAAUAAAAUUGUAUAAAAUUUGUUAAUUAA